AUGGCGGCGGGGACGGCGAGCGUCGCCGCGACCCUGGCGGCCCACAGCCCGCAGACGGUGGCAGCUGCCGGCGGUGCCCUGGUUGGCCAAGGCGUCACCAACAUCUCGGCCAGCGUUCGCCGCAGCGCCCGGCACUUCCGAGAGCACGGGAUUCGUGGGCUCUGCUCCCACUUGGAGGACAACUUCCUUGAGGAUCUGGACGACGUCGAGGGCACGUCUAAGCUGAUUCCUCUUCACGUGCGGAUGUGUGUGCACAGCGGUAGGAACAUCCUCUCCAGCAAGGGCCAUCCCUGCGGGACAAGGGUGAAGGUGACCAUCGGCGAGGGCGCCAACGCCGUGGUGUUCGACUCCGAGCGGGCCCCGAGGUCCGAGAACCCCGUGUGGGAGUUCUGCCUCGAGCACAGCCUGGAGUUUGCCUCCUCGGGGCUGCCGCCGCGCGUGCAGGUAACGGUGACGCAGAGCGACGGAUACUCGUGGGCCGAGGACGGUCGAGCGCUUCUCGGCCUCAGGACCGACUUGGGCGGCGUGGAGAUCAAGCUGCCUGUGCGCCCGCCGGUCUGGCCCACCGUGAAGAACCUUACCCUUUCGCACCCAGUCCUUGGCACGGUGAAUCGAUCGCACGUCGACCCCUGCAAGAUAGCGCAGAUCCUGGUUGUGUGGCAGGUCACCGACCCAGAGACGCACCCAGAGGUCCUCGACCCUCUUCACGGCAGGCGGAUCAACUUGAUGUCGGUUGCCGAGCUGAGCAUGGACGGAGGCCAUGAGGAGAGGCAGAUGGUCUGCGUCGACUCAAGGGUUCGUAGUUUGAUGGUGUCGGGAUCGGCGGACACGGGUGAAGAGGUGAAGAUUCGUGUCGAUAUGGCGAUCAUCUUCCGGCGCGACGGCAACGAAGUAGCAGGCACGCACCGCGAGUCCAGCGAUGAACACGGCGACGACGAGGAGCGAGGCUGGUGGGAGGCUGCGUUUUCCGAGCCGGUGUUCCAGAAAGGGCCGCUGGCAGGAGCCGGGGGCCUGGUGAGGUACGUGUGGCAUGAUGUCGACAGAGCCGAGAGCGACGCGGAAGCUUCGUAUGCUUUCUGGCAUCCAGCGUGCAUGCAGCUUCGGGAGAGGACGGCAUAUUUGCCAGGCUACCACAUUCGGCUGAAGGUGGUCCAGGAGACCACAGAUGAGAGCGGCGAGAGCAGAGUGGCGGAGGUGGGCUCAUGGGAAGAGAGGCUGGAUUGGCUCCUGCAACACUGCGAGCUCGAAGGCUUGGAGUGGUUCAACGCCAUCCUGGUGGAGAAGGGCAGUUCGCGUGCCGUGGGUCAGGUUCAGAUGUCUGUGGACGUCUUCACCAGGCGUCCGCAUCAGUCACUCGAUCGCUACGAUGUAGAAUACACUGGCAAGAACACUUCGAUCGGAUUUAUUGAUUCGCGCGAGCAUCACACUCAGGAUAUUUACCUCACUAUACAUGGAGACCAGUUCCUCUUUGGAGAGAGCCCGUGGAAUGUCAGGCCUGUGCUCAGGGUGUUGCUGGGCCAGUCCGUGAGUGAGAAUGUCAUUAUAACAUCUUGUCACCUUGUUUCGUCCGACAGCGGAUUGGUAGAAUUUUGGCUUGAGGAUGUGCAUAUCUCGGCUCCAAAGAAUGAGCAGCAUUUGCGUCUACAGCUUUGGAACCAGGUCAAAAGUGGACUGAGCACAGAGGACGUGCUUGUUUGCGAAACCGAAAUCCGAAAGCUCGUGCCUCAUAAUAUCGUAUAUUGGCGGCAUUGUUUUGGUGGGUCCGUGGGGUCAACUUUUCCGUUUAAAUGCUUGCUGAUGUCGCGCAAUAUGAUGGCUCCUUCCGCCUACCGUGGAACGCUUGCGGUGCAUGCAGCCAGUCUCCCGCCAGACUUGGACAGAGUAAAACGACAUGUUCGCGAUGCUUACUUCGUGGUGCAGCUCUGCGUCCGCCUCCAUCGUGGGCUAUAUAUCGACGGGCUCAGGGGACAUAGUGUGAAAGUCUUCGUGAGAGUUGCAGGGUGCAAGGGCUUUCACGAAGAGGGCAAUGCAAUCUUGCUGUUCCAAGGGAAGGUCGACGAUGCCGGGGUGCUGCGCUUCAAAAGCACCGACGACAACAGCGGCGGCGAUCGCUGGUGGGUCCAGAAGAGGACGCCGCCGCUGUACGUGCCUCCCUGCGUGCGCUACGCUUAUAUCCAUAUAGUCCGGGAGGAUCAGGCCACCAGGCCCUGGAGUGCGGUCUUUGGGCGUUAUCGUCUGAAAUCUAGCCCACACGAGGCCAAGUGGAAAGAUUUGCGCUAUGACCAGUCGUUGGAGACGCCCACGCCAGCCCCUUUUAUAUCUACGCAUUUCGCGGGGUGCUUGCUCGGCGCCGCCUGGUUCGAGAGGGGAAAGGUGGUACGAGUGACCGUGUUUGUCGAUGAUGAUAUAAUCCAAGGGAUCUCUUUUGAGCAUGAGCUAGGUCACGGCGUGUCUACGUUCGGGCACGCAAUUGGGAUCUCCUCACUAUGGGACGUGCCUGGAGGCGAGCACUUGGUCAGUUUCAGCGCGUACUCCGACCAGGCGCUGCGGAAAUGCUGCUUCGGCACAGAGUCAGGCUUGUACAGUAGCCCCUGGUUCGGUGUUGGCCAUUACGCCGACCCCCCGAAGGAGUGGAGGGCGAAGCCCCGCUACCACAUCACCCGCCUGGAAAUGGAGCACGGCCUGUCGGGGCCGGUCCCAGUCGGCAUCGAGGAGUGUCGGCAUUCCGAGGAGGACACCGCAUUGGAGCGCCAGCGUCUCCUGCCCAGGCUCGGGGUGCCCCCGGAGGGCGUGCAGUCGGCCCAGCAAGACGGCCUCGGCCCAGUGCGGCCGCCCCGCCAUCACAGGCGGGGUGGCGUCCUGGCGGCGUUGUGCUGCUCGCCAGGGGGAGGCGCGGGCGAGGCGCCGCCGUCGGCCACCGCCGGAGGGCGCCUGGAUCUCGAGCAGGGGCCCGCCAGCGAGAAGGUGGCCGACCUGACGGAGCCGCAGGACUGGGGCAUCUUCUUCUGCCACGUGGACCUCCUCGCCGGCGGGAGCCUCUUCCCGCCCAGCAACUGCUCGGCGCUCCAGGCGGCGGGGCUGCUGCCGGAGGAGGGCUCGCUCCUGCAGAAGCGCUACCGGGUGCGCGCCGAGAGCUCCGAGGUGGACGUCGGGGCAGAGUUCGACCCGCGCCUCUCCCAGUCCCGCCGCCUGGCCCUGCCGGUGCGCCUCAUCGAGAGGGCGGUCCGGCCCCCAGAGCCGGAGUCGCUGUACGUGGAGCCCCCCCCGCCGGUGCUGGUCGAGGUGUCGGUCGUGGGGCAGGGCAACGGAGAGGCGCCCUUUGGACUCGCAGUCGUCAAGAAUUGCGAGUGGUGGCAGCACGACCUGGACCACGGCCUCGAGCCGAUCAAUCUGAACACAGCCCACAAGGCCCACUGGUACAUGCUGGACUCGGGGCACGUCCUGGAAUUCGAUCCCGACCUCUCCGGGGGCAUCUCGGCCGUGUUCCGCGAGAAGCCGAGGCUCCUCCUCGCCGCGCUGUUCUCGCGGCUCCAGGACGCCAGUGCUCCAGGGCGAAGUCUGCUCGAGACGCCCACGGGGCUCCGCGGGAGCUCUGGGCCACUCGGCGGCACAGGGCUGAGGGAGGAGACGUUUAUCAUCGAGGUGGACGUGCUCGGGAUCAGGAGGCUACACGAGUCGCUGCAGGGCUCCAGCCACGAGCUUGGACUCACCGUCGCCUCGCUGUGGCACGGCGACGGGGGCGGGCCGGGCGGGCAGGCGCCGGCGCUCAAGUUCGACUUCAACGAGGCGAAGAGCAAGCGCGGGGUGAGGGUCCCGUACCGAGACUGCGUGGCGCCCGUGAGCGCCAAGGACCACCCCAACGGGUCCGAGGCGCGGGUCGAGCGUGCCGUCAGCAUCCUGGCCCAGCAUUGCCACCUGUUCAAGAAGGAGCCGUCCCCGGACCUCCUCGGGUCCAGCCAGGAGCUGGAGUUCGUCGCCCUGGACACGUUGCAGGUGGGUGCCAACGCGAUACUCUUGCAG